CAGGGGGAAAAUCCAGUAGUCCAUUUAUUUUAUUUUAUUUUUUUUUAUUUCAAAACUUAGUUGCCUGAGCCAUAUUGACAGGAAAAAGCACAGGAGCUGCAGGGAAACAUAAACAUAACGGAGCCAUCACUGAUUGGCUGAUUGUUUGCACCUGUGCUCUUCUCACAGUGAAGACUGUUUGUCAGAAAUGAAACCCCUGCCACUUGUUUUCACUACAAAACUAAUUAUUUGUUGUUUUUUUUCCUAAUCUAAGUCUGUUUAAAUGUAGAAUGUGUGACAUUUUGUUCAUUUUUGAGGCAGAGCACAGCAAGACUGACUGAGGUGACAUACAACGGACUGAGCUACAAGCAAGACUUGCAGCAAUGCUGAGGUGACAUACAACGGACUGAGCUGUCGACUCGGAGUAAGGGGAAUUAUGUGGCUCUGACACACUGAAGUGGCACGGCCAUUUUCACACUUCACAGAGCAUCACAUGUACCGCGGCAGAGCAAGUGGGGGAGCCUCUGCGCAACAGCAGCCGAACUGAGGGGGGAGCGAGUUGAAGACGAGGAAGGAGCUGGGAUUUUCGACAGGGCUGAAAAAGCAGGAGCUGAGGUGGAAUACUAAAUGACAGACGGAAGAGGAAAAAAGCGUCCCUCACGCCGGACCUGACUUUGAGCACUUAUCGUGGUCAGUUCAUAUCGGUGCCAACCAUCAAGAGGCAGCUACCCAUGUGGCAGGAAGCUUUGUGGACACGCGGACGCUACCUGCUGGAGAAGAGCGAUGGGGGCGAAGGCGCAGAGGGUCCCGAGGGCCUCGGGGACGGGCUCUCGGGGUUCCAGAGCGACGUGUGCGUGGAGGGCGAGAAGCUCCAGGACUGGCUGUACGAGUCCUACUACAGAAUGAGCCAGCAGCAUCCGCUGAUCGUGUUCCUGCUGCUGAUCGUCAUGGGAACCUGCCUUGCGCUUCUCGCAGUGUUCUUCGCUUCAGGACUGAAAAUAGAAGACCACCUGACCUUCCUGAUUGCCGUGCCAGCAGCUCUCUUCCUCUUCCUGUCCAUCUUCAUUCUUGUCUGCAUCGAGUCGGUCUUCAAGCGGAUGCUCGGCCUCUUCUCUCUCCUCAUAUGGGCCUGUUUGGUCACCAUGGGUUACCUGUUUAUGUUCUCAGGAGGAAUCCUCAGUCCGUGGGACCAGGUAGGUGCAGAUGUCUGUUGUACCCGAAGACGACUUCGGUGCCACUGAGCAUGCUACUAGCCUGAAUAAUAGUCCACCAAUAACGCAGCACACUGUUGGACACACCUGUCAGCA